AUGACUACCAACAACUGGAUGGACUACAACUCGCUCGAGCAGGCCAUGCGCGGCCAGAGCACGCUCGAAGGCUUCGACGUCCUCGUCAGCUACAGUGAGACGCAGCUCAACAACCUGCUCAAGACUGCCACGGCCGCCGACACGACCAGCUCCAUCUCGGUGCCCGAGUUCCAAACCUCGGUUGCCGGCCAGUGGCCGCAGCCCGCCUUGACCGUGUACAAGAUCGACCUCGAGCUGACCAAGCCCAACUUCGCCUUUGCCGGGCCGACCAACAGCGCCGAGGUCAUCCUGUCCUUUGUGCUCGGCGGCAAUGUGUUCGUGCAGAACGCCGACGGGAAGACGUGGUCGGCUCCGACCACGAUGCCGCCGGGGCUGACGCUGUCCAUCACGUCGCAGCUGGCAGCCGUGACGGGCACCGUCGACCCCAAGGCCCCUGGCUCCCGCUUUGUGCCCGUGCCGCCGUCCACCUCUUCGAACGGCACUGGUGUCUCGCUCGCCGCCUCGGACACCACGGGGGCCAUCGUCAUCUACAUCCCCAAGGAGAAGGGGUCCGGCGGGACCGUGAGCAUCGCCGGAGACGGCACCGUCGACCCCGGCACCACGCUAUUCCUGCAGAGCCUGAUCAAGGGCAACAUGGAGGACUACUUUGCCAGCCAGCCGUGGAACUACUACCUGGCCCAGGUCAACAACGCGGCCCCCGAGAACAGCGGGGGCAGGUACGAGCUGCAGCCCACGUCGUUCGGCUUCUCCGUGUCGGCCGGCAACGGCUCCACCAUCGACAACGCCAUCUGCAUGUGGAUCACGGUGCAGGGCGGCUCGGGGCGCGCCGUGCUGAUGCCGGGGGAGCCGUGCAACGCAAACUUCUCGGUGCAGAACGAGCCGACCAUGCCCAUCCCCGCGGGCAACGGGUCGACGGCCAGCAUCAUCUUCGGCCACGACCUCAUCGAGUCGCUCCUCUUCGAGGCGGCCCUCAAGGACAACAACUGCACCAGCGCGGCCUCGGCCGACGGGCCCAACCAGCCGGGCAUGAAGAUGACCUUCAAGUUCCCCAGCUUCAAGGUGCACAAGGACGCCGUCAACUACAAUCACGUCGACACCUACUUUGGCGGCUCGACCACGACCAUCAAGAAGGUCGACGCCAUCGACUUCGACAUCGACGACUACGCGGCCACCAUGACGCUGAACCCGGGCCUGUCGGUGCUGGGCUCGUCCGUCGGCACCAUCAACUGGACCACCAAGCCCAUCAAGGUCAACUGGACGUCCGAUGUCGACACGUACACCAUGGGCGGCGAGGGCGGCAUGUGGUCUGGCGACGACCACACGGGCACCACCGACAUCACCUUCUCCUUCAACGGCGAAGGCGCCUGGCUCAACAACACGGACGGCAAUGCCGACAUGCUCAACUUCGCCUGGACGCUCCCCGACGGCUUCGACGUCGACGCCGUGCCCGAGAAGAAGGACCUCAACUGGUGGGACCGGAUCUGGUCCGACUGGGACAACGGCGUGCCUUCGGACCUGAAGAACCUCAAGUUCAGCCUGCCCAGCCUGUCGUCGGUCAACUCGAUCAACUACUUCCUCACCACGAACCUGCUGCUGCCCGGCCACCACGUCUUCACCCCGGACCCGCUGCAGGCCCAGACCGCCAACGACCAGAAGGGCAUCUCCAUCCCCUACGACGUGCUCCUGACCGGCUCCGUCGCCCAGAACACGGUCAGCACCGUCGCCCUGGCGCCGCACAAGGCCGGCCUGGUCACCACUACCAAGCCGCGCGUCUGCGGUGUCAGCCGGACCAGCAGGCGCCACCUGAUCCAUUCCAUCCAGGACGCCACCAGCCCCAGGAAGUGGGGGAUCAAGAGGGGGUCGCAGCCUGUCGUGGUGGCCAACGGCACUGCCGCCAAGUCCAAUGGCGUGGUGAACGGUGCAAACGGCACCCCGAACGGCUUCGAGAAUGGCGGCUUUGUUGGUCCCAUCUACCCCCCCAAGCCCAUCCCUCACGGCCCCGUCAUCCACCACGGCCCCGUCAUCCACCACGGCCCCGUCUAUCCCCACCACGGCCACGGCCACGGCCACGGCCCCGUCAUCCACCACGGCCCCGUAGUCCCUGUCAAGCCCAUCAAGUUCCCCCACGGCCCCGUCGUCAACCCCGUUAAGCCUCCUCCUCUCAAGGACGGAAUAGUCGUCGGUCCCGUCGGUUCUGCGAAGCCCAGGUGGCCUCCCACUCACGGCCCCAUCGUCGGCCCCAUCAUCCCCAUCAUUGGUCCUGUCAAGCCCACGUGGCCUCCCACCCACGGCCCCGUCAUCCCCAUCGGCCCCUUCGGGGCCCUCCAAAGCGCCGCCGCCGUAACCAAGAAGACGGCCGCCGACUUUAUCCACCUCGUCGCCAACCCCAACGGAUCUUCCAUUUACGGCCAGCUGGCUUCGACCAUAUCACAGCCCGAUUUGCAGCUGGCCGCUUCCCAGACGCUCGACCUGCUGGAGAAGAACGGCUACUCCUUCACGGCCGACGAGCUGCUCGCAGUCUUCGGCACCUCGACUGCCGAGGUCGACGCCCUCGCGAGCCCCAAGGCCCUUCAGCUGAGGUCCAGGACGAGGGCGGACAUCGAGGCCGCCGCCCACAAGAAGAAGAUUGAAAAGGCCAAGGCCUACCAGGCCCUCAAGCUCGGCGACCCGCUGAACCCGCCGCCCUUCGACCUCAAGGUCUUUGCUGCCAAGUACAACAUCACGGACGGGCCCGACUACGCAAAGAAGCUGCAGCUCAUCGUCGGCCAGGGCGACGGGACCAUUGCCUUCGACGGCAGCCCCAAGUUCCCCGACCUCACCACCGACACCACCACGGUGCCCUACACCAACACCCUGUCCUGGGUCGGCGACAACGGAAGCUACACGGCCGUGUUCAAGGCCCUCCCCGACGACCAGGGCGUCUUUGUCUCGUCGUUCAAGGGCACCGCCACCCCAACUGGCGGGACAGCCGUCGCGUUUAACGGAGAACAGGUAGCUGCCGAGGACGACGAUUCCUGGAGGGAUGUUGACAUUAUCGGCACUGUAUUCGGCGCCAUCGGCACCAUAUUCGGCGUCAUCGGCAUCGUAGCCUUUGUCAUCUCCAUCUACUGGCGGAAGGAGGAUACCACCAACAACGUGAAGAAGGAGGAAAUACUUGACGCACAACACCAAGACAUAGAGAAGAAGUUCAACCAGAUGCAAACGCUCCAAGAAAUUCAGCUAGAGGACCAUCUGAAAGUAGCAGUGGAGAACGCCGAAAUCCCCUGGGAAUCUCUCCAGGGGAACGUCGACGCGAGGACCUCGAGUGCCUUGGAUAACUCACUGAAAAGUUACGACACCUCCGACAUCCUGAGACUCGAAGAAAUGACAAGAAACCCCAGCAGCGCAGAAUACCAGGCGCUGCGGAGAUCGGCCAGCCGGGCCCUCGUCGCCGAGGUCCAGAACGGCAUCAAGCCCGUCGUCGAUCCCAUCUCGCUGAACCUGCUCAACCCGCUCAUCCAGGCCAAGUUGGAGACUCCGGACCAGGCCAAGAAGAUCGGCCAGACCGCACUGCAGCCGGUAGUCGACGGAAAGGUGGCGUCGCUGACGACGGGCCAGAAUUCGUACCUCGACGCCAAGGUGCGCGAGAGCAUCAUCCGGAAGCGCCUCGCGCUCAAGACCCAGUUGCGCGCCCAGACCGACCUCGACAUAUCGCAGCUGAACAUCAACAUUGGGCAGACGUCUAAGGAGCUGGAUCGGAGCAAGGACGCGCUGAAGCAGGUUGAGGCCGAGCUCCAGAAGGACCCCAACGACAAGAAGCGCCUCGAAAUCAAGGAGGACCUCGAGGCCGACAUCAAGCGCCUCAACGAAGACCUCAAGAAGCAGAACGACGCGCUCGAGACCAAACAGAGAGAAGGAGUAGAAUUGGUGGAGAGCCAGAGAAAGGACGAGGAGGCCCGCAAUGAGGCCGAGAAGGAGGCCGAGAAGCAUCUCAAGGACCUGCACAGCGACUGA